AUGUCCCACAGCUAUCUCGAGGUCGAGCCGAGGGAACUCGAAUUUAUAAACCCAGGUACACAGCCGGUGAAUAUUCGAUUAGUGCUGAAGAAUCCAAACUCUACAGCCAUCGCCUACAAGAUUAAAACCACAGCCCCCCGCCGCUACUGCGUACGCCCCAAUCAUGGAAAAGUUCUUGCUGGAAAAUCAGAGUCUGUGGAGAUAAUAUUGAAUUCUCUCAAGCCGGAGGAACUGAACGCGCCAUGCAAAGACAAAUUUCUUAUACUCACCACUCUUGAUAAAGAGUCCGGCUUGUCAUGUGACGAUUUGUUUAAAUCCGUCGCGAAAAGCGAAAUAGGAGAGGCAAAGUUGAAGUGCAAGUACUGCAUCGAUUCGUCCUUGUCAUCGGCAAAACGUGGAUCAGAAGCAGGUCGCACCUUGUCAGCAGUGCUGGAGAGUCCGACGAGUGCCAACCAUGAAUCCGAACUAGCAAAGCUCAAGAAGGUGAAUGGGAGUCUAAAGGAAAGCAAUCGUGAAAUUCAGGCAGACAUCGACGAGCUUAAGUCUUCUGGGCUACGACAACGCAAGGACGCAGGUGGACCCAAAGAAUACGAGCCUGAUCUUGCCACUAAAAUGAUCGUGGCAGAGAAAGGGGCACAGAACCAAUUGGUCCUUAUCCUCACCUUACUUCUCAUGGGAUGGUUUGUGGGCCAUUUUAUCAUAUAGAUUCAAGCAUUUAUCCUAUCCCAUCGUAUGAGCCCAUGGUAGGCAAAGAGUAUUAAAGCUGUGGU